GCUGAAGAUAACAACAUUCCAAAUGUGUUCAAACUCGUGAGUGCCACUGCUCUGACAGUAUUGGUGGGUUUAAAUGUGAAAUAGUCACGAUCGGACAGACAGUGUAAGGAAUCAUUCUUUGAUACGAUGAUUACUUUCUUUGUGGUCGCUGUUGCCUGUUUGGUUUCAGUGUUGCCAACAGCAACGUACGCAGACGUGUGUUCGUACGUUUCUGCACGUGACUGCAGCGCGUAUGGCGUAAAACCUGUAUGUGGAACAAAUGGCGUCACAUAUGAUAACCACUGCAAACUCGCGACCGCUUACUGCCAAAACCACCAAAUCCAGAAGGCCCAUGAAGGCGCAUGUGGCUCUGUAGGGUCCGCUACCACGACAAAACCCGUUAACGGGGGUCAGAUUGCCCUCGAUAUCUUCUGUGCUGAUUUGGCUGACAUCACCUGCCCAGCGGGCGGCUCAAGAGUGUGUGGCAGCGACCACAAAUAUUAUGAAAACCUUUGCACGUUUGAUAAAGCCCGUUGUGCAAACAGAAGCCUUCAUCUUGGCUCCGGCUGCAUGAAGAGAAGUUAUUGAUAAGAAGUUUCAUCUUGAAAUCCCUCUUCCUGUUAAACAAUUGCAAUAAAUUAUAUAUUAAAGAUUA